AGUGAGGAUCUAUGUUUAAAAAUAAACCUCAUUUGGUCAUAUUCCAUGGGAGUAUCUUGGUCAGCCUAUGAAAUUUUCAUCCGACAAUCAUACUUUACAGAUUGAUCAUAACAACAGUAUGUGUAUAUGUGUGUGUUUGUGUGUAAAUAGAUAGUUACUCAAACUGGUAGACAGAUAAAUAGAUAAAUUAUAAUGUGAAUGGAUUUUCAAAGAAUAGCAAAGGAAACAGCAUCAUUUGUAUUUGAUGCAAAAAUAUUUGUCACAUAAGUGAAGAUGGUUCUUAUUCAAAAGAAAACUGGGUUGUAGGACUUAUCUCAGUUGAAGCUUAUUGAAUACAUUAUAUUAUAUAUUUAUUUAAAAAAAAAAGAAUUUAUACUUAGUAUAUUAAAUACUAGAGUGUAACCCAUACUUUGAAAAUAUACUUUUACAACCAUGGCUGAUAUUUGGAAAUAUGGCAUACAAACAAUAAUUAAACUUUUAUCAAAUUUCUUGUUGCAUAUGCAAAAUUAUGAAUACUAAUUCUCAAGAGAAAAAUAUUUAUUAUUAUUUACUCUCCCUCCUUUUCUUGUUCCAAUGAUUAUUUCAUUCUCACUGUGUGGCUUUCAUUUACUCAUUGCCUGCCACCAAGUCAAAUAUUUCCACCUAUCCUGCACUUAUGUUAACUCUACGUCCCCCUCUCUCUCUCUCUUCCUUUUCCUCUCCCUUUCUUUACGAGAUUGCCUAUAUUUCUUACUUGAGCAUAGAGUUCGAAGAGAAUGAGAUUUCGUGAAGUUCGUACCUCAAGUUUUAUCAGGGAAAUGAAAUGAUCACACUUCAACUUCAAAUCAAAACCUGAAUGCAGACUCCGCAGUUCGUUAGGAGUUAAGACUAAUAAUAAUAAUUAAUUAGUCAUAAGAAAAUGGCGGUAUUGUUAACAACAUGACAAUGUUUACUAGGGAAGAAACCGACCUUACUACUACAGUAGAUAUUACUGUAUCUUUAGCGAGAUAUGCUACAUCAAUGCUUGGCAACCCAGACUGCAUCAAGUGUAUAGUUUGCGACAGCAAGCAUGUUUUUGCUCGAGACAUUGCUGUUGUUCUCCAGAAUAUUGACACUAAGCAUCCUAUAACACAAGUAAUUUCUGGUUGCUGUGAAGAGUACCAUGGAAAAUUUGGAUGUGGGACUAAAAGUCUUUUAUAUUUUAUUGGUCAGUGGAUGCAAAUAGGCACAGAACUAUUACGUCAGGGCAUCUCAAUAUACUUAAUCACAUCAGCAUUAAGGAGCACCAUAGAAAACUGUAUUCAAUAUGUAGAUACCUUGACAUAUUCUGUCGACAAGUUUUUGGAACCAUCAAGCCACAAAACUCCAUUUGUUAGAAGUUCACAAAUUGACCAGCCUGAAAAUUCAUCCAGCCUUCCAAAUGUACUUCAGCCAACUACUAAUUUUUCAGUUCUAUCUCUGACUGAGCAUACAUCUGAUGUCAGCUGGUUUUUUCAAGAUACAGCUACAAAGUCUGUCCUAGAGAGUUUGGAAGAGCCUACAGAAUUGAACAACUCAGAUCCUGAAUUUCAUGAACAUUUGAAUAAAAUAAAUUUAGAGAACAACAUUAUAAAUUCUGAUAAACCCGAGAAGAAAGUAUUUUCUCCUAAUGAUGAUGAUGAUGAUGAUUUUUCCCAUUGCUUUGAUCAAAUUUCAUCUUUUAGAGAUGUAACCAAACAUAGCAUUAAAGAAACACAAUUCUUUACAAAGCAUUCAUCUGUAUAUUCACCAAUUCCAUCAAACAGUAAUAACUGUUCAACUAGUCAUACUACCACAGCAAGUUCUGCUAGAGAAAAUUGGUUAGAAAACUAUGUAGAGGACUAUAUAAAAUCCAAGCUUCAAAAAUCUAGAAUUCCUGAGUCAUUUCCUCAUCUUAGGUUCAGUCAACACCUUAAUCCCUUAAGCAGUAGCAAAAUCUGUUCUGUAAAUUAUGAUUCUGCUACUAAUGCAGUCAAUACUAAAUUGUGUGAUGAAUUUAAGGAAAUAUUAAUUUUAGAUGAAAGUGAAAAAAAUUCCUCUCCUUCAAGACUUGAAAAUUUUCAUGAUAUUAACUUCACUGAUAUUUGGCAAAAAGUUAAAGGUUUGGUUCAAGCAUUUUGCCAUGGGGCACAUACAGAAAUUGAAGAUUUUGUGAUAGAGGCACUAAAAUAUCAGAACAAACAUUUAUCUUACCAAGAAAAAAACAUUCGACUUGAUGUGAAAAGACUUCAUACUUGCUGUAUUCAAGGUCCUACCAUCAAGCAAUCUGAAUUUGUUCCAGGGAUAGUUUUACCUUUGCAGCAAGAAACAUUUUGUAUUGAGCAAGAUAAAACAUACACUGUACUUCUUCUUAAUGGAGAUGUUAGCUACAACAACCAUCAUGUUGGUUACAAGAAGCUUGCAGAAGUCAAAGAAGAAUGUUUGUAUGAAGAGUUCAUCUCUAAAGCAGCAUCCAAGAAAGACAGAUGGCUGGAACAAGUGCAGUGGCUCAUCAAGAAAUUGGAUAUAACCAUUUUGAUUGCCCGAGGUAAAGUUGAUGAAGAACUAAAAGCAAUGCUGGAUGGAGACCACAUUUUGGUUUUUGACAAUGUUGCACAUACUACAAUGAGAACACUAGCUUAUAAUACAGAGCCUGUUGUUUAUAUUUUGGAUGCCACACUGGAAAAUACAAUAUCAGGUGUAACUGUGAAAAUCCUGAAUUCCGUUCUGCAGAAAAAUACAAAAACCUUUUUGAUUCUUUGGUCAAACCAGUCUGAAGUUCAGCAGACUUUGAUAUUGUGCCAUGCCACUUGUGCUGGUCUUGAUGUGUUGGAACAAGAAUUCUGGCUGUGUUGUCACCGUGUUUCAAGUGUAUUAAGUCAUAGUAAAUUCCUUGCCGGACAAGGUAUGACUGAGCUAUGGAUUGCAGAAUACCUUGAAGCUAAAUCAGAUGCAUUGAAGCAACAGUACAGUGGAACAUCUAACAUUGAAGAUUUGUAUCAGGCAGAAAUUAUCUCUAAGCUUGCAGACAGUUUCCGAAAUUAUCAAGUCAGAGUUCAGCUGAAUUCUGGUUUGCCAAAUUCAGAGAUUCUAUCAGAAGCUCACUGCAGAGGUUCACCACUUUCCAAGUAUCACAUACUUGAUGACUUCCACAGUAAAAUUCAUGGUUGGAAGAGAGCUAUUCAAUUAGUCUGCAUCUUGCUGCACACAGAUGCACAUAUCAUUCUGUGCUAAUGGUUUAGGAGCCCUACCAGCGCUACAUCAUAUCAUUUGAUUUUUUUUUUGAGGAGAUGGACAGAAACAUUUGACUGUUGAAUUAAAUACACUUCACUAUUUAUUGAGUUCAAAUUCUACUGGGAAAUCCUUCUGGGCUGACACAAAUACAUAUUAUGGAAUGGACUGGUGAUGAUUGCAAAUUUGUGCUGAUGUAAGAAACCAUUAGACUAAGCCACUCUCCCCUGAUAGUGAAUACUUUUAUUCUCUUCACUAUCACACAAAUAUAAACCUGUUCCUUUCAACUUUUUGCUUAAAAUCAUUGCAAUUUCUUUUACUGUAAGUUGCUGCUAUGAUAAAAAUACCCAGUAUUCACAGGAAAGUGGUUGGCGUUAGGAAGGACAUCCAGCCAUAAACAUCUAUGCCAAAACAGUCAGAGCAUGUGAUCCUCUGACUCUGACACUCCAUUGAUUACGACUAUGAGGGUUCCAGUUGAUUCAAUCAAUGAAACAGCCAGCUCUUGAAAUCAAUGUGCAAGUCGUUGAGCAUGUACACUUAACAUAGUUCUCAGGUAUGAUACAAUGUGACAAGACUGACCCUUUGAAAUAUUACUAGCUGAGUGGACUGGAGCAACAUGAAAUAAAGGUGUCUUGCUCAAGGAUACAAAGUGCCACCAGGAAUUGAACUCAUGACCAUAUGAUCAUGUGCUGAAUACCCUAACUACAUGCCUCUGACUCUAGAUGUUCAAUCAUCAAAUCCAUGCCAGCAUGGAGAAUAGACAUUAAAUCACAAUGAUAUAUAUGUAUAUACACACAAAUGUGUA